GAAGAGAGAGAGAGAGAGAGCGAGAGAGCGCGCGCGAGAGCUGACAGACAGUCAGUCAGUAUAGUGAGUGUGUAGACAGUCCGUCAGGUUUGUGCUGUAGUGUUGUGUAGCUCUUCUGUGUAUAUUUUAGUCACGCAUUUCUUUGUGUUUCCGCUGGUGUGUGUUGGGUUGUGUAUUGGUGUUGAAUGCGUGAGCAGUACUGGGUUCAGAUCUAUCGAUUUUCGGUGUUCUGGCCUGUCUGAGCACACCUACAGGACUGAACUCGUAUCACCAUGGACAAAGCAGAUUUCCUGAAAGGACUACCUGUGUAUAACAAGACUAACUUCAGCCGUUUUCACGCAGACUCUGUAUGUAAGGCAUCGAACAGAAGGCCGUCGGUGUAUCUGCCUACACGAGAGUAUCCCUCAGAACAGAUCAUAGUCACAGAGAAGACGAACAUUCUCUUACGUUACCUUCAUCAACAAUGGGACAAAAAGAACGCAGCUAAAAAGCGAGAGCAGGAGCAAGCAGAAGGGGAGAGCGGCAGCCCGGCACCUCCUCGCAAAAUCGCCCGAACGGACAGCCAGGAGAUGAACGAGGACUCUUAGAGGAACCCUCCAUCCAACAGCAGACAGACUCGACAAAGCCCAGCUCUCUCAGAACAUUCAAACACCGGCACACCACACAGGAAUUUCACCUACGAAAGAACGAAACGAAAACAAUGUGACAUACGGUGUGCUUUAUUAUACUGAGUGCUUCCUGAUGCGGUCAGUGCCCCUCAGACUGUCUGUCCGGAUGGGAACACGCUGCGGGCAAGAUUGGCUUUCAGCUUUGAUGGAUCUGCUGAAUUCUGAAGGGCGGUGGGGGGGUCGGGUAAAGCGAUAUAUAUUUAACAAGCACAUAAGGAAUGUCCAGAAUGCGUGCUAUGAACCGUUGUGAGAAGAUAUGAUUGUUAGGACACUAAGGCAAUUUAUGUUUCAAAGCACCCUCAUUAAUUUAAGCUGUGACCCUUUGCUUUCCUCAAAUACACAGAAACUCGGCACACACGUCCAAAGGAAAAGCUCUAAAGCAAAUUUAGAUGUAGGAUUUUGUGUGGGUAAAAUGUUUGUCUUCCUAACAAGUGCAAACUUGUGCAUGAAUGCACUGUUAGGACUGUUUAUCCGUCACCAAUAUCACAGGAUGAUGAUUUUGUAAAAAGUAAAGUAACUCUCUCCCCUCCGAAUAUAAGCUUUCAGUGCUGUCUUAGUCUCAAUGGGUCACAUUCUCCAUUCAGUUAUUCAGAUGUGGUAAAGAUAAACAGAUCGACUGCCUUCCGAUAUUUAUGAAUUAUUGGUUCUUAUCUGAAGGAAACCUCGUGUGAUGAUCCCAUCAUGAUUAUUUUGCAUUUCCUGAGUUAGACAGCAAUUAUGCCUCUGCUUUGUUCUCUGUGUUUGUACAUUUUUGUGCUGGAGUUCUAAGAUUUGAGGUUCUGAUGUGUGGCGGUUCAUCUCUUAACCUGCAGAGGGAGACAGUGGGCUGUGGUUGUGAGGAUCAGGUACAAUAAAAAGGAUUUUUGAGCCCACAAUGUAUCCAUAGUACUUUGUGCCUUCACUAUGUUUGGACUGGAGGCACAAUGUUUGGAGAUGUUGAGUCAGCAGUUUAUUGUCUCGCGUGUUUCAGGUUCUGUACUGGAAAAGUUUUUGGGCGUGUUAUUAAAAAGAUUCAGGGUUUUGAAACUAUCAAGAGUAACAAAGCAUGCAUGAGUUUGACUUUGGCAAAAGUGUUGAGUAAAGGCUUUUAAAAGCUCUUGGAUUUUAGUGUCCUGUAAAGUGUGCAAAGUGCAGCCCAUCUUAAAUCUAGUCUAAAUCUAGCUCCAUGUGUUACAGCGUUACAACCACAAUGACUGCAAAUAUACCUACAUUUGUAUUGUUUUUUUUUGUUUGUUGACUUCCCAGGCUCCUUGUUUGAGGUUUAACUAUUUUUUUAUUAUUUUGAGUCAAAAUAAAAGUUUAAAAUGG